ACUGACACUGGCACGUCAUUAUGGAAAUAUAGUGUCAGGUCGAAUGACCGUGUGUGUGUGUUUCCAUACUGAGUUAGAGUUUAGUGUAAACGCUUUCGAAGGUAUGCAGCUCCGUGAGAAUAAUAAGGGACUUCUGGCUUUGGUGACACGACGACAUCUUUGACUGGUGUAUGAAAAGGGAGAGCAUAGAUCUAGUUUUCCUUGGAUAUUUCUGGAUGGCUCACGCUCUUGUGACCUGAAAACAUGAGUUAUUUGUGGUCUCCCAUUACCUGGGUGAGAGUAAGCAGAGCGCUUCAUCUGUGUCAAACUCAUGCUCGCAGGUCAACAGCAUCACUCUCCUUGUGUGGUAACUCUCACUGCAGGGUUCAUGUUCUGCAAACGUACUGCUACAAGAUUGGCUAUAUCAGCUGGAGACACAUCCACCACCUGAGGAUCACUGGGCGUAAAGGAUGGCUCUUUAAAGCAAACCAGGCUAGACAGAGGCUUGGGCUCCACACCAGCUCCCCAUACUUGAACACUUCAGCUUCACGUUGGUCUGCUAGUCUGAACCAACAGAUGUCUCGAGUCAGGAGCACACUGGACACAGUUUCCAAAGCUGUGAGUGGGACACAUACAGAACUUUUCUCAAAAAUCGCCAGACUCAAGCCUAAUGCUUUAAAGGCCAGGAAAAAUGCUGAAACUAGUGUUGAAUCAACACAACAAGCAGAGGCGACACCUUCCCCUGCUCCCACUGAUGCUACUGCCCCUUCUGCAUCUACUACACCCACAUCUGUAUGUAAUAUAUCUCCUGCCAGUACCUCUAUUCCUACUGCUGGUGCUACCUUUAAUGCAAGUGCCACUACCUCCACUCAUCCGCACAAUUCUACCCAAGCAACUAUUGCUGCUACAGUUCUGGCUGCGCGCGAAGUUAAGGAGAAAAGGCUGAGACGCAUCGCUCCAGCUGUCAAAGCCACUGCAGCCAAGAAGCAAGAAGAGCUGAAACUUUCACUGAGGGAUUCUGAGAACAAGAGCCCAAAUCCCAAACAAAACACUGCACUUUUCCACCCCAGCACCUUCUCAGUCAGCCUGGAUGACACUUACAACUACCUGUCCAAUCACAUAAACUCAUACUUUGGUACAAAGGCUGAGGACAAGAAAGAAGAUGGUGCUGGACACUCCUCUGCAUCCUCUCAGGGUAAACAAACUAGUGACCUCAUGCCGGUGUUUGCUAAAAAGGAUGCAGUUGCUCCAGUUACAGCAACUUCCCCUAAAAAAGGUUUGGGACAUUACCUGUCUUACUCAGCUCCAACUGUGCAAGCCUUUGUGGGAAGCUACAUCGCUCCCCUCGUUCCUAAGUUUAGGACAGCGGAGUCAAAAAGUGCAGCAGUGGAGGAGAGGAAAUCUGAGGUUUCACAAGUCAAACAGGUCGAGGCCGCAUUAAGUCUGGAGCAGAAGGCUGCUGAGGAGAAAGCCAAGAAACUUCUGCUACAAAGAGAGAAGAUCAUCGCCAGGGUGAGUGUGGACAAUCGGACCCGGGCUCUGGUUCAGGGUCUCCACAGAGCAUCAGAUGUGAGGGUCUACAUAAACAGGGUGGAGGACCUCAGCUACCAUCUCCUGGAGUUUCCAGAGACUGCUGGGAUCGCUGUCAAGGAGAAGGUUAUCCCAUGCCUGCUGCGGCUGAAACAGGCCAGUGACCCGGGCCUGAGGGCGGCGGUCAGAGAAGCCCUGGCUCUAGUGGGCUACCAUUCACCUGUAAAAGGCCGAGGCAUACGGAUCCUGUCCAUAGAUGGAGGAGGGUUAAGAGGACUUCUUGCACUUCAGACGUUGCACAAGCUGGAAGCCCUGACCGGAAAACCCAUUUACAAGCUGUUUGAUUAUAUUUGUGGUGUCAGCACAGGUGCUAUCCUUGGGUUCAUGCUAGGUGUGUUCCAGGUGCCACUGAACGAGUGUGACGAUCUUUACAGGAAGUUGGGUUCGGAUGUUUUCAAGCAGAAUGUCAUUGUUGGCACCGUGAAGAUGGGCUGGAGCCACGCUUUCUAUGACAGCGAGGCCUGGGAGAACAUCCUCAAAGAGAAAAUGGGCUCUCACCUCCUGGUGGAGACUUCAAGAAACCCCGAAUGCCCCAAGGUGGCAGCAGUGAGCACUGUUGUGAACCGGGGCACUCCUCUGAAGGCUUAUGUGUUCAGGAACUACAACCUGCUGCCCGGGGUGCGCUCUCACUACCUGGGGGGCUGCCAGCACCAGCUGUGGCAGGCCAUUCGUGCCACGUCUGCAGCCCCCGGGUAUUUUCAGGAGUUCACACUGGGAAAUGAUCUCCACCAGGAUGGUGGUCUGCUGAUUAACAACCCUACAGCUCUGGCGGUCCACGAGUGCAAGUGUUUGUGGCCCAACACGCCGUUGGAGUGCGUGGUGUCACUGGGAACGGGUCGCUUUGAGACUCCAGGGAAGAACAGUGCCACUUACACGAGCCUCAAAACCAAACUCAACAAUGUCAUCAGCAGCGCCACUGACACUGAGGAGGUUCACGCCAUGCUUGACGCCUUCCUCCCUCCCAACUCUUAUUACCGCUUCAACCCCUACUUGAGCGAAGACAUCUCCAUGGAUGAGAACCGGCAGGAGAAGCUGAACAUGCUGCAGGCCGAGGGCAUCCGAUAUCUGGAGAGGAACGAGGAGAAGCUGAAGAAGGUCGCUCGCAUCCUCAACCGAGAGAAGAGCUCCGUGCAGAGGGUGGCUGAGUGGGGAAAGCUCAGAGCAGACAUGUAUAACGGUCUGUCCUUCUACUCCUCAAAGUUCUAGGUCCAACAUGAGCCACCUUUACCUCACAUGGGAACCUUUCCUUCAUACAUAUCCUUGAAUAUUUCAUGUUAUCAUAAUAACUGGUGUCAGAGUUGCUGACUCCCUGACCUGUAGCUCUGAAGAACAAUGUGUAAGCGCACAAGUACGGGAUGUAUGCAUGCCAAACACUACCUUCCUCCUCAUUAAUGCAUCUGGUGGCCAUUGUGGUUGAAAGCACUUAACUUUGCACUCAAAUAUGAUGUGUCAAAUAACAGGUGGAAUCAAACUUUAGGGAGUUCCUUAGAACUCCCUAAAGUUUGAUUCCACUGUUGGCUGUGCUCACACGUGCGUCUUGCAUGCUUAAAGGAAAAGCAGGAAAUACACUUCUUUGCAUUCUUGCCAAAUGUGCAACAUGCAUGUCCUUACAUUGAACAGCUUUCCUGAGCUGUUUAGCUUAGCUUAGCUUAGCUUAGCUUAGCUUAGCUUAGCUUAGCUUAGCUUAGCUUAGCUUAGCUUAGCUUAGCUUAGUAUUAAGAAAAAAAAGAGGGAUAGCUAGCCUAGCACCAGAAGUAUCAAUCAGGUUUCAGACUCUUUGCCAAGCUAAUCUAACUGGCUGCUUGCGCACUAGCUCACAAUUUAAUCUUAUAUACAGAAAAAAGAUUUAUUUCUUAAAUUACCAGACUAUUAACCUAAAAAGCAGAUUUCUAUAAAGUUGAACAGUUACAGUUUUUCUCCUGGCUGUUUCAUACACUGAGCACUUUCAGACCACUGGCCUUCUUUUUAAAGACAUAUUAUAACAGCUGGUUUGUUUUCACAGAUUUCUACCAUCACAGAAAAAAAACAUGUAGAUGAGACGUGUUAUUAAAGAAUUUCAUUGUGAAGUAAUAACAAAAACAAAACAAGAAAAAGAGUUGAAACAAGGAAACUACUGUCGGUGACAUAUCUUAGUUGUAGUGACAAAAAUUUGCACAUAUGAAAAUGCAGCUACUGGUUCACUGUGCUAUUGUAAACGAGUUACAAUGGUGUCCGCUCACAAGGGCCCACUGCAGUACUGUCAGCAGUGCAUAAGUUGUAUGUUAAUGCAUGUGUUAUUUAAGAUGUGCACUGUAAAACCUCAAAACUAAUGUUUUUGUCACAUUUCUAGUAAAAAGAAGACGUAUAUAAUAUGUUAUAAAACCCACACUCACCUGAGAAGUCCAGAUAGAUAAUAAAUAUAUCUUAUUUCAAGUAAGAAAGAGCAAAAAAUAAAGACCUGAAUUGCUUUUAAUGGGAUAAGCAGCGUUUAUUUAUUAUUAAUAAUAAUAAUAAUAAUAAUAAUAAUAAUAAUAAUAAUAAUUAUAAUUAUAAUAAUUGAUAGGAU